GAAUUCAGUUUUCCAUUAGAACUUUAAAAGAAUUAAUAAUUCUCAUCAAAAAAUAACAAUUGAUUUUUGAAAUAUAAUAGUAAACAAAAAAAAAAAAAAAAAAUGUCGACUGUAACAAAUUUUUUAAUUCUUCUAAUAGUGACAAUUCUUUCUGUAAUAACUGCGGCAUAUAUUUAUAUGACCCGAAAAUUUAAACACUGGAAGAAAAAAGGAAUUAUGGAAAUAAAACCCACGGCAUUUGUUGGAAAUAUGGGUGAUUGUUUAAUGAUGAAAACAUCACCUGGAUUAUUAUUUAAACAAGUUUAUAAUGAGGGUAAAGGACUUCCUUAUGUUGGAAUGUAUAUAUUUGAUAAACCAACAUUACUUUUACGCGAUCCGGAAAUUAUCAAACGUGUUUUGAUAAAGGAUUUCAAUUAUUUUAGUGAUAGAUUCUCGCGAGCAAGUGAAAGUGAUAAAAUUGGAAAUUCAAAUCUUUUUAUGAUAAAAAAUCCCGAUUGGAAAACAGUUCGUGCAAAAUUAACACCAAUUUUUACAUCAGGAAGAUUGAAGAAAAUGUUUAUAUUAAUGGAGGAAGUUGGCAAGGAUCUUGAUGUGUAUUUAGCAUCAGAAAUACCUGAAGGAACAGUUGGUACAUUGGAAAUGAAAGAAGUUUGCGCUAAAUUUACAACCGAUAUGAUUGGUACAACGGCUUAUGGAUUAAAAGUAAAUUCAUUAAAUAAUCCUGAUGCGGAAUUUCGAAAAUGUGGAAGACAAAUUUUUACAUACAAUAUUCGACGUUCCAUUGAAUUUACAACAAUAUUUUUUAUGCCCGAAUUAGUUGAAACACUUGGAUUUCAAGUAUUUUCAAAAGAAAGUACAAUUUUCUUAAGAAAUGCAUUUUGGGAUACAAUAAAUGAGAGAAUUAAAUCUGGAAUAAAAAGAAAUGAUCUUAUUGAUCUUCUCAUUGAAUUAAAACAAAGUUAUGAAAAUGAUCCGGAACAAAAUAAUGGAUAUAAAUUUGAUGGUGACAAUUUAGUAUCGCAAGCUGCAAUUUUUUUCACCGGCGGAUUUGAAACAUCAUCAACAACAAUGUCAUUCACAUUAUACGAAUUGGCUUUACAUACUGAAAUACAGAAAAAAUUAAGAUUAGAAAUUGAUGAAGCUUUAAAAGCCAAUGGAGGGAAAAUAACAUACGACAUGGUAAUGACUUUACCAUAUUUGGAUAUGGUAAUAUCUGAGACUUUGAGAUUUUAUCCAAUACUUCCAUUUUUGGAUAGAGUGGCUCUACAGGAUUAUAAAAUUCCUGAAACAAAUUUAAUUGUUGAAAAAGGAACUCCAAUUAUAAUUCCUAUGCUUGGUCUUCAUCAGGAUUCACAAUAUUUUUCUCAUCCAGAAAUUUAUGAUCCUGAAAGAUUUUCUGAACAAAAUAAAAAAUCUUUAACUCCUUGCGUCUAUAUUCCAUUUGGAGAAGGACCACACAUAUGCAUUGGUCAACGUCUUGGUUUAUUGCAAUCUAAAUUAGGAAUUAUUCAUAUUAUUUCAAAAUAUGAAAUUUCAAUAAAUAAAAAAACUCCAGUUCCAAUAGAAUUGGAUCCAAAGGCAUUCUUAACAUCAGCAAUUGGUGGUCUUCAUCUUAAUUUAAAAAAAAUUACCACCGCUGCUGGUUAAAUUUACAAAUAUGUAUAUAAUUAAUUUAAUAUUCAUAUAGAUAUUUGGUAGAAAAUAAUAAUAUAAACAAUUUGUUGACGUA